AUGCCACCCAGGCAUCAGGAGGAGGCGUGCUUUGACACGACAGAGCUUGCGGCAAAAGUUGCGCAGGUGCAUCACGCCUUUGCCGAGUAUCUUGAUCCUCACGUACCCGACUGCGCGCUACCCUCUGCCGGACCAUCGGAUUCAGUCGGACAAGGAUCAGCUGAUGCCACAACGGCGGUGGGGGACAGGCCCCGCUUGGAGGUUCUUCCGCAAGCAGAGAGCGGCAGCCGCUAUCGAUGCUUAUUUCAGCUGCUAUCACAUCCAUAUCGCUAUGCACGACGCAAGCAUGGCAUUGCCACAGCGCUGGAGGGCGAUGAGUUUGUCAUUGCAGCGCCUCGCAUCAAGCUGCUCAUGCGGGCAUUUCUGGAGCACCUGGCCAGCGAUGACCGACUCGCCAAGUCCUGCCGCUCGCUGAACUUUCAUGUGACGUUAUCCGAUGACUCCAUGCUGGCAUUGGUGUACGAAGAGCCUCUGGAUGAGGUCGGUUGGCGCGAGGCAGCCGAGGCCUGCCGGACGGCGCUGGGCUUGGGCACCAUCGUGGGCCGUGCCAAGAAGCAAUGUAUUGCUCUGCCACGCACCCACGUUCUUGAGCGGUUCCCGCUGCAGCCCGGUCUUGAUGUAUACCAGCAGCAGGAAGAGUCCAUUUUUAGCAACCCAUCGGCGCCCAUGUGUCUACAAACCAUGCAGUGGCUGGUCGAGGUUGCUCGUCAAUUCGGUGGUACAGAUCUUAAUUUGCUCGAGCUCUACUCGGGCUCGGGGACCUAUACGCCGGCCAUGUGUUCGGUUUUUGCUCAUGUGCUGUCAGUGGAGAUUCAACGGACGCUCGUGGAGGCGGCGCGGCGCAAUCUGGAGUUGAAUCACUGCGAAUCACGAGCCACAGUGCAUCGAGCCCCCGUGGAGUUUUGCCGACGGUUAUUGCGUUCGCGCGAGCACGAAGGCCGGCGCUAUGACGCUGUGCUGCUGGACCCACCGCGCGAUGGCUUGGAUGAUUUUACCCGGUCUCAGCUACAUAACUUUGAGGUCGUGAUGCUGAUUAGCUGUAGUCCUUUGCGCAAGCUGAUUUUGGACGCCGAGGCGCUCCAUACCACGCACCGGCUUGCGCGCAUGGUGAUCUUGGAUCACUUUCCGGGGACCCGCCACCUAGAGGCUGCGGUCGUGUUUGUCCGCCACCGGACGAUUGAUGCACCAGUGGCGGUAGACGACUAG